AUGUUAAAUCUGUCUUCAAAAUCUUACUUCAAUGAUAUUAUUAAAGAACAGUUUCAAUGUCGAAAACCAUAUAUUGAAACAAAAAUCUUUACUUUUACGAUCUAUCAAGGUAUUAAUUGUCAACCGUUAGGCGUUGGUUUAGAUUGGCGACAUAUUUGUAAUGAUUUGAUCGAUUGUGAGGAUGGAGAAGACGAAAUCCAUCGUCAUUUAUUAGAAUUAAAUGAAUGUGAUCUUGAACAUGAAUUUCGAUGUAAAUCGGGUAUGUGUAUUGAAAAAAGUUUUGCUUUUGAUUUCACGCUGGAUUGUCUUGAUGGGAGUGAUGAAGUCGAUGUAAACCCAUUCGAGGACUGUUUUCGUAAUCCUUCAAUGGAUUGUGAAGAAUAUGAUUGUACAUCUCGAAACACAUAUCCAUGUAGUGAUGGAGAAUGUGUUAGGAAUGCAACAGAUGAAUCAACAAAAGAAGGAAUUUGUUUAAAUGGAAGAAAUAAAUGGUUUUUGUCGACUUAUGUUAAUAAAACAAAGAAUUUUUGUCAAGCUUGUCUACUUUGUUAUUUAAAUAAGCCUUUUGACAUUCCAUUUGAAACAUUUAUUCCUACGUUAAAAGAAUGUCAAAAUCUGCUUUCUAACAGUUCAUGUCAGACUGAAUGUCAAGACUUUCUUUUAUUCGAUUCGUCACUUUUCUAUCCGGAUGUUCGGUUCUUUUAUGCAUCUACUCGAGAUAAAAUACCUAAGUUAACAUGUUAUGAUAAUGAUAAAUAUCUUAUCUAUGAUUGUCCAACUUCAGCUGCUGAUGAAGAAUAUAAAGGAAAUAUUUGUCAAAAAAAUUUAUCAAGUCGUUUUCAAUGUUUAACUUCAAAUGAUUGUAUUCUAAGAGAUGACCUUUAUUAUCCGACUGCAUCACCAGCCCUGAAAAAUGGACGUUGUAAAGAUAAAUCAGAUAGAGUAUACCCAUUUAUAUGUGAACAACGAAAUGAUAUGGGAUGUCAUCAUCGACGUGGUUUUCAAAUUUCAAGUGAAUAUUUUCUCUUUCAAGAAAUAUGUAAUGGUCAAAUCCAUCCAGAACUCAUCGAAGAUGAAAACAAUUGUGAUGAAUGGCAACGUAAUUGUAAUCUUAAAUAUCGACAAUGUGAUGGAAUUAUUAAUUGUUUUGAUCAAUUAGAUGAAAGAUCUUGUUAUAAUUCCCCAAAAAUAUGUCAAGACAAUGAAAUCAGCAUCGAUUGUAUUUCAUAUCCAGAUCCACUAGCUAAACCCAGAACAUGUCUUCCAAUAUCAUGGAUAAAAAAUGGAAAAAUUGAAUGUUUUGGUGGAGUUGAUGAAGAUAUUAAUUAUUGUGCAAGAAAUUAUCCAAAUAAUGUCACUACAAGAUUUUAUUGUUUUAAUGAUUCGAAAUGUAUUCCAUUGCAAGAUUUAUGUGAUGGAAUCUUUCAUUGUCCAUAUCAUGAUGAUGAAACUAUUUGUCCGAACAGAAUAAAUAGUACAAAAUGUUCAACUAGAACUUAUUUUUGUAAUGAACGUACAUGUGCACUAAAACAUAUUCGAUGUGAUCGUUACACAAAUUGUUAUGAUUCAAAUCGUUUUGCAGACAGUUAUUCUGAUGAGACAUUUUGUAGUUUAGUUACAAAACCAGCACAUUAUAAAAUAUUUUCUCUUGAUGAUCAUCGUCAGUAUCCAUCAGUAACAUCUCAAGUUCAGACUAUAAAUACUAAACGAGAAGUACGUGUUCGAUGCAGCGCUGCUAAUAAUUCCACGCUGAAUAUAUAUCGUUGUCAUCGAGGAAUUGUUGUUAAAUCGUCAAUAGAUGGUGAACAAUGUUUAUGUUCACCACCGUAUUAUGGUCAAACAUGCGAAUAUCAAUCCGAACGAAUUUCCAUCGUUAUAAAUAUUCAAUCACAUACUCGACAACAAUCAUCAGAUAUUGUUUAUAAAUUAUUAAUUCGUCUUCAAACAUUCUCUAACAUGUUUUUUGAUUAUACUGAACUUUAUUAUCUGACAAUACUCGAUGAUUUAGCAAUUUAUAAACAAGUCGUUUAUCUUCGGGCACCUCGAAAUGUUCCACUUGGUUCGAAUAUAAUCAGUUUUUCAAAAACUCCAGUAUUACCAACAUUUGUGUUUGUUGAAAUUUAUUUCGAUACAAACAAUCAGAAAUACUAUCACCUCGUUGCUCUAAUGAAAAAAUCAGUAUCGAAUAUUGUAACAAGUAUUCUACCAUCAAAUCGUUGUUCUCGAAUAGAUGAAUUCUUGGAUUCAUUUAUUAUGUCUUUACCAUAUAUAAGACGUAUUAAAUAUUAUAAUCGUCCGUGUUUUGUGCUUGGUACUCGAUGCUUUUACGAUGAAUUCUACAUUUGUCUUUGUGAUAAUAAUGAUUUUCUUGAUUGUGUUCGAUUCAAUCAUUCUGCGAGUCACUGUUCAACUGCUGAACAAAUCUGUCUAAAUGGUGGUCAAUGUUAUCAACCAAUACAAACAACAGUUAACUUUGAAUUCGCUUGUGUAUGUCCUCGUUGUUAUUUUGGAGAUCAAUGCCAAUUCACAAUGACCAAAUACACUAUCUCUUUAGAUUCUCUACUUGAUCAACAGAUUCUUAUUGGAAAAUCACUCUCUCAGCAAUUGCCAAUUAUUCGUUGGAUAUUUGCGAUGGUUGUAAUUCUUAUCAUUGUUGGUUUUGUUGCCAAUGGACUUUCUAUUCUCACAUUUGCACAAAAUAAACCACGUGAGUUAGGAUGUGGAUGA